AUCUCCAGAAGUCAUUAUGCAACACAAACCAGCUGUAUAUAAGGCUGAAACCUGACAGAAAACAAGAGGACCUCUGAGAGCUGUCGACAUUUUGGGAACCAGAAUGCUGCGGUACGUUGUGGCUCUUUGCCUCCUGGCUUUCUCCUGGGCACAGGACUGCCAGGUGUCCAACAUCCAGGUCAUGCAGAACUUUAACAAGACCAGGUAUGCAGGGACAUGGUAUGCCAUAGCAAAGAAGGACCCAGAGGGUUUGUUCUUACUUGACAACAUUGUGGCCCAUUAUACUAUUGAAGACGAUGGCAAAAUGACUGCCAGUGCUAAGGGCAGAGUCAUCAUCCUCAACAACUGGGAAAUGUGUGCCGACAUGUUUGCCACCUUUGAGGAUACCCCCGACCCUGCCAAGUUCAGGAUGAAGUACUGGGGAGCGGCCUCCUACCUGCAGACUGGAAAUGAUGACCAUUGGGUGAUCGACACUGACUACGACAACUACGCCAUCCACUUCUCCUGCAGACUACAAGACUCUGACGGCACUUGCCUAGACAGCUACUCCCUCAUAUUCUCUCGCGAUUCAGCCGGCCUGAGGCCCGAGGACCAGCGAGCCGUCCACCAGAAGAAGACGGACCUCUGCCUGCUGGGCAAAUACCGACGCAUUGCACACAAUGGCUUCUGCGACAGCAGCUGAUCUGUUGACGCUCAGAAAACUUCUUUUUGAAGCACCCCUCUCUGGGACUGCGGGCCCCUCUGCUGGUCUUGGACUGAAUCCCAACAGAGUUCUCUCUAUACUGUCUUUGUCUAUCUGAACAGAUAAAGCAGCCCAUUCUUCUUUAAGAAAUAAACAAGAAAUGGCUAACUAUA